GCGAAGAUUGGAGGCGAUGCUGGCACCGCAAUGAAUUCUAACGACUACGGUUAUGGAGGACAGAAAAGACCUCUGGAGGACGGAGAUGGCUCUUGGACAAGUCCGAGCAGUACAACACACUGGGAGGGAAUGCCCUCUCCUUUUAAAGAUCAACCAGAUGCUAAGAAAGUUGCUCCUCAGAAUGACUCUUUUGGAAAUCAACUACCACCGAUGCAUCAGCAGCAAAGGUCUGUGAUGACAGAGGAGUACAAAGUUCCAGAUGGGAUGGUUGGAUUCAUAAUUGGCAGAGGUGGAGAGCAGAUCUCGCGCAUACAGCAGGAGUCUGGCUGUAAAAUACAGAUUGCACCUGAUAGUGGAGGCCUUCCUGAAAGAUCUUGUAUGCUAACUGGAACACCAGAGUCUGUUCAAUCGGCAAAAAGAUUACUUGAUCAGAUAGUUGAAAAGGGAAGACCUGCACCUGGCUUUCAUCAUGGUGAUGGACCUGGAAAUGCAGUCCAAGAAAUUAUGAUUCCAGCAAGUAAAGCAGGAUUAGUUAUUGGGAAAGGUGGAGAGACAAUUAAACAGUUACAGGAGCGAGCAGGUGUCAAAAUGGUCAUGAUUCAAGAUGGGCCACAGAACACUGGUGCAGACAAGCCCCUUAGGAUAACUGGAGACCCCUAUAAAGUACAACAAGCCAAGGAAAUGGUGCUGGAGUUAAUUCGCGAUCAAGGUGGCUUUAGAGAGGUGCGCAACGAGUAUGGGUCAAGAAUAGGAGGAAAUGAAGGGAUAGACGUUCCAAUACCACGGUUUGCUGUAGGUAUUGUAAUUGGAAGAAAUGGAGAGAUGAUAAAAAAGAUCCAGAAUGAUGCUGGUGUUAGAAUCCAGUUUAAGCCAGAUGAUGGGACAACUCCAGAUAGAAUAGCCCAGGUUACGGGGCCUCCUGACAGAUGUCAGCAUGCUGCAGAAAUCAUUACAGAUCUCCUUCGAAGUGUUCAGGCUGGUAACACUGGUGGACCAGGACCUGGUGGUCGAGGAAGGGGUAGAGGCCAAGGCAACUGGAACAUGGGGCCUCCUGGUGGAUUACAGGAAUUCAAUUUCAUUGUCCCCACUGGCAAAACUGGAUUAAUCAUUGGCAAAGGUGGUGAAACUAUUAAAAGUAUAAGCCAGCAGUCUGGUGCUAGAAUAGAACUUCAGAGAAAUCCUCCACCCAAUGCGGAUCCAAACAUGAAGAUGUUUACUAUCCGUGGAACACCUCAGCAAAUAGAUUAUGCAAGACAACUUAUAGAAGAAAAGAUUGGAGGUCCAGUGAAUCCAUUGGGUCCACCUGUUCCCCAUGGACCCCAUGGUGUUGUUCCUGGCCCACAUGGACCUCCUGGGCCACCAGGUCCUGGCGCUCCCAUGGGACCAUAUAACCCAGCUCCUUACAAUCCAGGGCCUCCUGGCCCUGCACCUCAUGGCCCUCCAGCUCCAUAUGCUCCACAAGGAUGGGGAAAUGCUUAUCCACACUGGCAGCCACCAAACCCACCAGAUCCAGGUAAGCCAGGAACAGAUCCCAAUUCAGCGGCGUGGGCGGCUUAUUAUGCUCACUACUAUCAGCAGCAAGCACAGCCACCACCUGCAGCCCCUCCUGGUGGACCAGCUACAACCCAAACUAAUGGACAAGGAGAUCAGCCAAAUCCAGCACCAGCAGGGCAGGUUGACUAUACCAAGGCCUGGGAGGAGUACUACAAAAAAAUGGGUCAAGCUGUUCCUGCCCCUGCUGGGGCUCCGCCAGGUGGUCAGCCAGAUUACAGUGCGGCAUGGGCUGAGUACUACAGGCAGCAGGCAGCAUAUUACGCCCAGACAAGUCCACAGGGAAUGCCACAACACCCUCCAGCACCACAGGGCCAAUAAUAAGAAGUGGACAAUACAGUAUUUGCUUCAUUGUGUGGGGGAAAAAACCUUUGUUAAAUGUAUGGAUGCAGACGCCUUGAUGAAGAUCUUAAUUUUGGUUAAAAAAUAGUGUUUUUGAAAAUGUACAAAAUAUCUAUCACUACUGAUAGGAGGUAAUAUUUCUGUGUAGAAAUGAAAAAUGGUUUGUUUUUAGUAUUAGUGUAGAUGUACACAUUCCAGCAAAUGUAUUUGCAAUUAUGUGGUCAAUGCUUUGUGAUAUAAAUGUACUUUUUCAAUGUAUACUUUAUCACUUUUAAAAUGCCUGUUUUGUGCUUUACAAUAAAUAAUAUGAAACCUCC